UUUGAUGAAGGACCUAAAGCUUGGUAACACAGGGCAUGAUCAUGAUGACAACGGAAGAAAUGCCCUAAUAGAAUAUACAGAUAUGUGGGAUGUCAGUGAGGGAGCAGAAAAUAAUGACUAUAUGGAAUCCAACCCACAGCAAGGCCAUAUUCAAAACAUUGGACAACUCCAGCAGAGAAGCAACAGCAGCCAAGAUGGCGAACAUUCGGAGAUCCACAUCUGGAACAGUACCUGUUUUUCUGCAGAAGAACUAACUAAAAUUUAUCAUGUUAAAAAUGAGACUGGAAUUUCACGGACUGAAUUUGCAGAUAUCAGUUCAGCUCUUGUCCAGCAGUUACUGAGUGGAGCCUGUUCCUUGACUCAGACCAGCCCGCCAACAGCCAGUGACCUCACCGAUGCAGAAAAGUACAUUUAUGGCACAAUAGCGACAUUCAUUAUUUGCCUUUUUGCCCUCUUUGGAAUUACUGUUUUACUCUGCACAACAUGUAGCAGUAUGUAUCAAUACGUCAUUCAGUUUUUUGUUAGCCUGGCUGUCGGAUCACUUACAGGUGACUCUGUACUGCACCUGAUACCCAAGUUCCUGGGCUUGCAUGGACACUCUGAAGAUGGAAAUGACCACAGCUCUGAGGACAAAAUAUAUACCUGGAAAUUGCUGUCACUUCUAGGUGGACUAUAUGCAUUUUUUCUCUUGGAGAAGUUGUUUGACAUUCUGCUCAGUGGUCAUGGACAUGAAAAAGAAGGCCAUCACUGUGAUCAUGCAGUGUCUCUUGAGAAGUACCACAGUGAAAAAAAGAAGCACAGUACAAACACCUCUCAGGCUGACCUGGUAACACAAGAGAGAACCAACAACUCAAUAGUAGCCACAGAAUAUGCUUCAUCAGAAUUAAGGAUGAUCCCAUACAUGAUCACAAUCGGUGAUGCGAUCCAUAACUUUGCUGAUGGACUAGCGAUAGGUGCUGCCUUUUCAGAAUCCUGGAGGACAGGACUUGCCACAUCAGUAGCUGUUGUCUUCCAUGAGCUACCUCAUGAACUUGGGGAUUUUGCAGCUCUGCUCCACUCUGGCAUCACUGUCAAGAUCGCCCUUCUCCUGAAUUUUACCAGUGCUUUGACAUCAUUCAUUGGCCUCUAUAUAGCGUUGUCCAUCUCUGCAGAUGAGUCUGUUCAACAGUGGAUAUUCACCUUCACGACCGGGCUGUUCCUAUAUGUAGCCCUUGCGGACAUGAUGCCGGCAAUGAUGAAUGUGAGGAGUAAGAAGCCAUGGGUUCUUUUUGUUCUCCAUAAUCUUGGACUUCUGAUGGGAUGGACAAUCAUGUUGCUAUUGUCACUCUACGAGGACAAGAUUGCCAUAUAACCUCUGAUAAACAAAAAAAGCUGUACUAAAACAAACUGUUCAUGUCAUAAUCUUGUCCCUUUAAACCUUCUUGAAAGGGAAAAGCAGUGGAUAUGCACAGAACCUGAAAUAUCUGAUAAUUUAUACCUGAAACAGAAAACACUCUGCUAAUUAUAACACAAAGUACAGAUGUCUGUUCUUCUUUAAUUAAUUGAGAUGGAGAGAACUACACACAUUUUGUUUUUCUGUUUUUGUGUGACUGGAUCAUUAAAAAUAUUAUAACUGACAUGGUGCAUACUCCACAUUGCUUGUUGUAGCUAUUACAGGAUACAUCCUAGUUCCACAUAAAGCAAGGCCCUUUCAGACUGACAGAAUAUAAUUCCUCUUUCUUGACAAGUCUUGUUAAUUUACUUUUUUACACUAAUUUGGAUUUGUCUUUCUGUCUGUGCCCCCCCCCAUACACACACACACACACACACACACACACACACACACACACACACACACACACACACACACACACACACACAAGAUCUGUAAUUCAAUACAAUCUGACUUCUACUGUGUGGAAUUUGUAAUGUUUUCUCUAUGUUGUGUAUUUUUCUGCCACCUCCCAAAGACAUACUGCUUGACUAGCAAUGGCAACUCUAAACUGUCAUAUAUGUUGUACACACUUUUGACAUUGUAACCCAGCUCGUGACUGAAAACUUGGUUAGCAAAUAAAUACAUUAAAUUAAAACAGUCUUUUAUUUAUUGAGAUUGCUGGCUAUAUUAAGUAAAUUGGAUUUUACUUAACAUAAGCUACUUGCAGUAGCUACAGAUGCCCUUUGCUAAAGUCAGUGGGCAGAGCAAUGACCUAUGAAGAACUAAGAAAUCAUUCAUAAAAGAGGACAAAGAAUGACUAAACCAUUCAGAUCCCUAAAACUCUACAGAAGAUGUAGAAUGCUCUUUCAGUCCCCUUCUUUAGACAAUCUUGAGCCUACAUUGCUAUAACCUGUUAUAGAACAGCACUUGUUAGGGUCUAUAUUACAUCCACAAAAACCCGUUUCAGGGAACAGCUCUUUGCCGAAUGUUAACUGGUGAAAUCUAACUCCGUCAAAUGGCCAUUUCAGUGAAUUUGUUCAUAGAGGGGAAAAACACUUUGUCAACCUAAAACCUCACAACAUUUAAAACCCUCCAAAGAGGGGGGGGGCUUCACUCCUACAACCCUCUAACUAAAUAUACCAACUCUGAGAUCGCACUACAGUGGGGAAAAGGGCAAAUUUCUGAUGAUGGCUAAGUGUUUUUUCCCCUAGGAAAAAAUCCGCUGAAAAGGACAUUCAACAGAAUCAGAUUUCGACACUUAGCGUUCAACAAAGAGAAGUUCACGGAAAAGGGUUUUCGUGGAAGUAAUAUAGACCUCACCCAUUACACCAUUCACUUUGUAGGGAUUCGUCACUGCUUACAUUCAGCCUUAAUAAACUGACCAGCAUUUGACACCUGAUUCACCACAAGCCAUUGGAAAUAGUCUGCAAGCUUCUAAACAGUGGACCUUAUAAUCAUUAGGGGGUAUGGAAUCUGUCUUAGCAAGAGAACUAUUUAAUAUCUUUUAGUUUUCUGUCUUUCAUCACUUAUUAAACUGAAUGCAUUGUCUUUAAGUAUAUACUUUAUAAACAGAAUAUUUUCCUUGUAGUAAACUGCCUGCUUAGAUACCUAAUAAGCCUAAAAACAGUGUUUCAUGCAAGUUUACUUAACUAUCAAAUGUAUUUCUAAUUAGGGAACAAAUCUUAGCUCCUUUAAAGUAUUGUAUAGGUUCUGUAGAACUGAAAGUGAGAACAAUAUACUCCUUAAUAAACUGUAAUAUAGAAAUAUAUGGAUAUAUUCAGGUUACAUAACUGCAUAUGAACGGAUGUGUGUAAUUAGUUUGUUUCUGUCCUACUGUAAUUGCAUAUUAUGAUCUCAUUGUAGUCUGUAAACAAACAAACCAAUUUAUUUCAGAACCUCAGCACUAAUGGAUUUGGCAUCUCCGCUCUCCAGAUCAGAAAUGUUAACAGUGUGAGAAUGAGCAAUGCAGUGUCAUAAUUAUAUAUUGGGUUUGGUUGCUUUUUUCUUGGAAACACUGGGGACUGGGAACAUUUCCUGAUUAGAAGAAUAUUGACCUGUAUCUCAUAUUUCUGUUCUGUGCAUGUAUCUUCUGAGCCUGUAUGUUAACUCAGCAUUGCUGAAAAUGUCACUGUGUUGGAUUAUUUUUAAUGAAAACUGUUUGAAGUUAAUCUACUUUUGUUACGGUACAUGCUUUAGUACAGUUAAUGUGCUAAUGAAAUAAUUGUAAAUGAAAUAAUAAAAUGACUGUAAUUUGAACAUGAAA